CGCCGCACAUCUUAGAUCUCUUCUCGUAACAGUGAGGGGGGAGGGGGCCCACACUUUGUACAAAGAACUUUGCUUUGAAAAUAAAUAUUUGGAUGCAUUUGGCUGUUGCGGGAUGAUGCAUUAGAAAGUUUGGGAGAGCUACAUGAGUUGAAUUGAACUGCAUCUUGUUAUUUUUUUCUUCUGCAUGUUGCUUUUGAAAUCAUUAUUUUAGAACCUGUGGGGUUUUUUUUUCCCCCCAUAAAAAUAUAUAUAUAUUUAUAGUUAUUGUAAACAUGGUGCUGUGUGUUUUGCUGGCUGUCUGGACUCUGUACCAGACGCUGCUGCUGUGCCUUGUCGCCGAGCAGCCUCCCCUACCUGAGCCGGUGCGGAGCUCCCCAGACCGGCAACCUGACAACCGGCAGCUCUCCCCCCCGCGGAGGAGGAGCGGGCUGGUGCACAGCGUGGACCGACUUUACUCCGGGGACGGCAAGGUCGGUUACCUCCCGGACGCGGACGGCCGGAGGUUCCUGCUCGAUUUGGAAAGGGACGAGUCUGCGACCCGCUCCCGCUACACCAUCAGCCCCGGAGCCGGGGGCCAGCCGCUGCUCGGGGGCGCCUCUGACAAAAUCCCGCACGUCUUCGCCCGGGAUCAUUUCAGGUUUCGGACCUCGGCUCAGCCCAGCCGCUGCGAGACCCCCGCCCUCGCCCCCGGACUGGGACCGGGGCUGGGGCUGAAGACGGGCCAAGGGGCCGGGCGCACCAACCCCACCGCCGGCCCCGGGAGAGCGGCCGGUCGCUCCCGCCGCUCCGUCUCCCGAGCCCGGCACGUCGAGCUGCUGCUGGUGGCGGACGAGUCCAUGUCCAAGAAGCACGGGCGCAACAUCCGGCACUACCUGCUGACCCUGGCCUCCAUCGCCUCCAAGCUGUUCGGCCACGCCAGCAUCGAGAACCCGGUCCGCCUGGCCGUGGUCAGCAUCGUGGUGGUCACCGAUGCGGCCGAGGGGCCGGAGGUCAGCAAGAACGCCGCGGCCACCCUGAAGAACUUCUGCAGGUGGCAGCACCAGCUGAACCAGCUGGGCGAUGGCCAUGCACAACACCACGAUGCUGCUAUCCUCUUCACCCGGGAGAAUUUGUGUGGACAUCAUUCAUGUGAUACUUUGGGAAUGGCGGACGUGGGAACCAUCUGCUCCUCUGAGCGCAGCUGUGCAAUCAUAGAAGAUGACGGCCUCCAUGCUGCAUUUACAGUCGCUCACGAAAUUGGACAUCUCCUAGGACUGUCCCAUGAUGAUUCCAAGUUCUGUGAGGAGUCAUAUGGCUUAACCGAAGAUAAACGGUUAAUGUCUUCCAUUCUGACCAGCAUCGACUCCUCCAAACCAUGGUCUAAGUGCACCUCCGCUACAGUAACAGAGUUCUUUGAUGACGGUCAUGGCGAUUGUCUCCUUGAUCCUCCACAGAAGCCCCUGCGUGUACCUGAGGAGCUGCCGGGACAGAGCUACGAUGCCGUCCGUCAGUGCAAGCUGGCUUUCGGGCCAGAGUAUACAGUCUGCCCAGGAAUGGAUGUGUGCUCCCGCCUGUGGUGUGCUGUCAUCCGUCAGGGGCAAAUGGUUUGUAUGACCAAGAAGUUGCCUGCUGUGGAAGGGACACCAUGUGGAAAGGGGAGGAUCUGUCUCCAUGGAAAAUGUGUGGACAAAACCAAACGGAGGUAUUACUCGGCCUCGGCUAAUGGAAACUGGGGGUCGUGGGGAUCCUGGGGACAAUGUUCACGGACGUGUGGAGGGGGCGUGCAGUUUGCCCGUAGGCAUUGCAACAACCCUGCUCCCAGAAACAAUGGCAAAUACUGUGUGGGGAAACGUGCCAUCCAUCGAUCCUGCAAUGUAACACCAUGCCCACAAACUGGCAAAUCUUUUCGACACGAACAAUGCGAGGCACGGAAUGGGUAUCAGACCGAUGCCAAAGGAAUCAAAACAUUUGUGGAAUGGGUUCCGAAGUACGCUGGCGUGAUCCCUGCCGAUGUGUGUAAAUUGACUUGUCGAGCUAAAGGAACAGGAUAUUAUGUUGUGUUUUCUCAGAAGGUAACAGACGGAACGGAAUGCCAACCGUACAGCAAUUCGGUUUGUGUGCGAGGGCGCUGCAUAAGGACUGGCUGCGAUGGUAUAAUCGGCUCCAAGCUGCAGUAUGACAAAUGCGGAGUCUGCGGGGGAGAUAGUUCCACCUGUGUGAAAGUAUCUCGAAGUUUUACCAAGAGAAGUGUGGGGUACAGAGAAGUAACAAGAAUCCCUGCAGGAGCAACACACAUCAAAGUGCGGCAGUACAAGCCGAAGGGUCAGCAAAGGUUCACUGCCUAUUUGGCAGUUAAACGGAAGAAUGGGGACUAUCUCUUCAAUGGCAAGUACAUGAUCUCAACUUCAGAGACGAUCAUUGAUCUAAAUGGCACUGUGCUCAACUACAGCGGGUGGAGCCAGAAGGAUGACCAGAUGCAUUCAAUGGGUCAUGGUCCACUGAAGGAGCCACUGAUAAUUCAGAUUCUUGCCACCGACCCUGGGAAACCACUUGACGUGCGCUACAGCUAUUUUGUUCCCAGGAAGCAAGUGCCCUCGGCUAAUGAGAAUGCCAUCAAGACUCUGGCAGCACAAUCCAAUCUGCCCAAGUGGGUGACGGGACCCUGGUUGUCAUGUUCCAGAACCUGUGACACUGGCUGGCAGACCAGAACCGUUCAAUGCAAAAAUGGAUACGGAAAACUGACAAAAGGUUGCCCUCUCUCCCAAAGACCAUCAGCGUUUAAACAAUGUUUUCUGAGAAAAUGUUAAUGCACAGCUGCCAGUAAUAGUCUUUUGUUCAUUUUGUCAUUUUGUUCGGUGUUUUCUUUUUAAUCUAACUUGGAGAAAAGGAGGGAGAAGAUUGCCAGCAUGUCUUGACAUAAAGCAGACACUGUUGCAAAGUUUAGAACGAUCGAAGCAUGGGCAGAAUAUGUCUUGUGGACAAACAAGUGCAUGUCAGUAUUGCACUGCAGCGGGAGAGCUUCAGAUGCAUUAUAGACUGGUGAGAAUGGAAAAAGUAGAAGAUCACGCCAUCUUGUAUGUUGCCUACCUCAGCUGCAUCCCUCAGUUACAUGGAAAUGAGAUCUGUGGAGCCAUCCUUUCCAUGGAUAAAAAAAAUGGUGCAUUGCUUCCACAAAUCUAUCCGUCCCUCCCAAGGAACCUGAUGUCAGCAGCUUCAGCCCAAACAUGCCGUGUGUUUUAACAUUUGUUUUACUUUGUUCUCUUGUGGCUGUUCAAUUGGAGCCGGUGACUGGUUCUUGGGCAUUCGAUUGGGGGGAUGGUGCAGGGAACUCUGCAUUCUCGCUCACUCACUCUCUUGCACAGGACAGUAAAAGAAGCCAGCUGGCUGGAGAGGGAAUUCUAAGUAUCCAAGAAUGGAAUAAGGAACCAAUUGUGCCAAUGAGCGUACAGCAUUGUAUAGACCCUAGGAGGAACUUAUGCCACAGUGAUUGCAGCAUCUUGCUGGAGUGCUUAAUUAUAUUACCUCCCACUGCAAUACCGAGGGGAGAUAGCUAACCACUCCUAAUAGGCUCUUUCAAUGAAUAGUUGAAUGAAACGUAAUACAACUCCACUUGCUAAUAACAAGUCUGAUGCAACAGAAGAGCAAAGAGCAGAAUGGCUGCACUGUUUAGAAUUCUGUGGUGAAGUGGAAGCAGGUACAGAUAAUCAAACAUUAUAUACAUCUAAUGGAUCAAGGACUACACUGCCUGCUUCUAAGAUCUGCCUGUAAUCACUAAAAGAAGGAAUUCUAGCAUGGGACUUUUCACCAAAGUCUUCCCCAGAAACCAGGGCUUUUGCAAACAUCCAAAUUAAUUAUCAUCUCAAAGUACUACUUUUGACUUGAUCAAAUACCUGUCCCUAAGUUAAAUUGCACACCCCUGACUCACUAUGCACUCUAUUGUUAUGUUAUUUAUCAGAUGUUCCAGAGGAGCAAAUGGAACCACAGAGGAGAGAACAAGUUAGUGUUCUAUUUUUGCCUGAAAGAAAGAAGUUUUGUUUUGUACACAUACUUUCUCAACAGUGAGAAAGCUCUGCCAUGAGCUGGCAGGAGCAAGGGAUUAAUGGUUAAUGUGGUACUUAGAAAUGAUAAAGCAGGACAUCAUUUUAAAGUUGCCACUCGGGAUUAAGGGGCAAAGGAAGGGAAUAGGUUCAGGGUUUUGGUUCUGAUAAUUGCGUUUUUCCAAGAUGAGGCUUCAGCAAAUACGUUGACAACAUCAUUUAAAAAAGGUGCCACAUCACAAGAGACAGCAGCAAGUGGGAAUAAAAGACUUAUUUUCAAAUGAACGGACCUUUCCAGUCCAGUUUACAUGUUCCUACAGCCUCCUCAAAAACCAGUGUCUAUUUUCAAGACUGGGCAAGUGGCAAUCCUACUUCAAAAAGAAACAAAAGGAAAAGGUCCCAAAGGAUCUGUGGUUUGCAGCUCUGAUCUUGACAGAGAUCAGUUUCUAAAGGUCAACAGAUCAUUCACAUGAUGGGAUCUACUGACUGCUCCACCUGCCAAUUCCAGGAAUUUAAAGAAGGACAAGUGGUGCUUUGCUUUAAAAACAGCUGACCUUACUCAUGAUCUCACAUGCUCAGCAAUGGAGUCAUUCUGUGUGUUUCUGAUUAGCUUUUUGUAAUUUCCAUGGGAACUGACAAACCAGUGCUAGAAGCUAUCUAACCAGAAAUUAUUUUCAGGCGGGAGAAUGUGCAAUUUCAUAAUUAAUGUGUUCAUUUCCUAGUCUCAUCCCUCCCCAUCUGAAUUGAAGCUUAGCUGCCAGGCCAGUUCUAAAUGGGUCAGAUCUAGUUAAGAGUUGCCUCACUGUCACCCUUCCAGAUGACCCUGUUAAUGCUCAUUCUCAGGAUGGAUCUUCGCUGCCAAUGCCACAUUUUAACCCAUCCCUGUUUUUCCAAAGAAGGUGGUGGUGGCGGUGUUUUGAUAAAGUAGAGUAGUGCACAAGGCCACUUAAGAGUCAACCAAGUUGGUGUGGAAUUGGAGUCACACAAAGGCUAGCUUGGGUAAAUGCAGUCAGUUUCCUUUCCUGAGGUACCUUAAUUAACUAGUUAAGUUUAAAGGACAAUCCAACACCUUCAUGGUCAUGUACACCAAUACCAGCUUUUUAUUUCUAGAUUUUUUUAAAAACGGAAUUCAAAUUCACAAACUAUCAAGGGGAGAUUAGAUUAUAUUGUUUGGAUUAUUAGUCCAAACUUCUAGGAUUACUAGCACACUAACGUAACCACUGCACUAAAUGCACAAAGUAGUACUGAAACAUACAAGCCAAAAGGUGCCAUCUCUUCCUUACGCUGAACCAACAGUUAAUCUUAGAUGAAGCAGCUGUAAACAUAGAAUCAGUCAUAAAUCAGAGAAGACCAUUCAGUCCAAUUAGGGUCAUCUCUCUAAAGUCCUAAUUCCCCCAAGACUAACAGCUAACUGCAUUUUGAACUCUAUUAAUAUACUUAUCUCUGUUAUCUUCCUAGCAAAUCUUUCCAAUCAUGUAUAUCCCUGUGAGUGAGGAAUUUCCUCCUUAUAACAGUGAAGAUAUUAGCAUGGGUCUUAGUUCAUCCAGGCUAAGGAGGAAAGAUGUUGACACUUAUAAUAGGAUUGAGCCUGAUCGAGUAACCAGCCUCAAGUGAUGGGAUACUCAAAGAUUAUUUUUAGGGAAAGGUUGGAAUGAUUCAAUCGCCCCCUCAGUACCUCCCUCCCUCUCCCACAUUGCGUGAAGGCUUUGCACACUUCCAACAUCGCUAGUGGAUUUUUGUGUAUGCCAUUGCUGCAAAUUAUUAUUUAGCUUGUAUCACACUUUGGUAUGGUGCAGUUUAAGAAAAGCCAAUACCUUUA